CUCUCUCUCUCUCUCUGUCUCAGGAGACUGUGUCGUCGAAAAUGGCGGGGGGUGCCAUCGUGAACACCGGGGGAGGGAAGGAGUACCCCGGGAAGCUCACCCUCUUCGUGUUCAUCACCUGCGUCGUCGCCGCCACCGGUGGGCUUAUCUUCGGCUACGAUAUCGGCAUCUCAGGUGGAGUGACGUCGAUGGAUCCGUUCCUGAAGAAGUUCUUCCCGGAGGUGUUUCGGAAGAAGGAGGACGACAAGACAACCAACCAGUACUGCAAGUUCGACAGCCAGCUGCUGACCACCUUCACCUCCUCCCUCUACCUGGCCGCCCUCGUCGCCUCCUUCUUCGCCGCCACGGUCACCAGGGUGUUCGGCCGCAAGUGGUCCAUGCUCGGCGGCGGCCUCACCUUCCUCGUCGGCGCCGCCCUCAACGGCGCCGCCCAGAACGUCCUGAUGCUCAUCCUCGGCCGCAUCCUCCUCGGCAUCGGCGUCGGCUUCGCCAACCAGUCGGUGCCGGUGUACCUGUCGGAGAUGGCGCCGGCGAAGCUCCGUGGCAUGCUCAACAUCGGAUUCCAGCUCAUGAUCACGGUGGGCAUCCUGGCCGCCAACCUCAUCAACUACGGCACCGACAAGAUCAAGGCCGGGUGGGGGUGGCGCGUCAGCCUCGCCCUCGCGGCCGUCCCCGCCGCCAUCAUCACCGUCGGCUCCGUGUUCCUCCCCGACACCCCCAACUCCCUGAUCGAGCGCGGGUACCCCGAGGAGGCGCAGCGCAUGCUCCGCCGCAUCCGCGGCACCGAUGACAUCCACGACGAGUACCGCGACCUGGUGGUCGCCAGCGAGGAGUCGAAGCUGGUGAAGCACCCCUGGGCCAACAUCGUCAAGCGCAAGUACCGCCCCCAGCUCACCAUGGCCAUCCUCAUCCCCUUCUUCCAGCAGCUCACCGGCAUCAACGUCAUCAUGUUCUACGCCCCCGUCCUCUUCCAGACCAUCGGGUUCGGCAGCAACGCCUCCCUCAUGUCCGCCGUCAUCACCGGCCUCGUCAACGUAUUCGCCACCUUCGUCUCCAUCUUCACCGUUGAUAAGCUCGGCCGACGUAAGCUCUUCUUGGAGGGCGGCGCCCAAAUGAUCGUCUGUCAGAUCAUCGUCGGGACGCUGAUCGCGAUCAAAUUCGGGACCAACGGAGAGGGGCACCUGUCCAAGGCCUACGCGGCCUUCGUGGUGCUCUUCAUCUGCAUCUACGUCGCCGGGUUCGCCUGGUCAUGGGGUCCCCUGGGCUGGUUGGUUCCUAGCGAGAUAUUUCCACUGGAGAUCCGGUCGGCGGGGCAGAGCAUCAACGUGUCCGUCAACAUGUUCUUCACCUUCGCCAUCGCGCAGGCCUUCCUCACCAUGCUCUGCCACAUGAAGUUUGGCCUCUUCUACUUCUUCGCCGGGUGGGUGCUCAUCAUGACCACCUUCAUCUCCAUCUUCCUGCCCGAGACCAAGAACGUGCCCAUCGAGGAGAUGAUCCUGGUCUGGAGGUCCCACUGGUUCUGGAGCAAGUUCAUCGCGGACGAGGACGUCCAUGUGGGCAAGGCGGAGACGGAGAUGAGCAACGGGAAGCCCAAAUCCGACGCCAUAUGACAGGUGUUCGUUGUUGUGUCUCAGAAAAGAUACAGAACAGUUUAGAUAUAGUUAAUCCCCAUAGCCAUGUUUUCUUCUCUGUCUGCAACUUCGUGCUGCGUGUAAAGAUCUUCUUCUUCUUCUUCUUCUUCCUUGUGUCUGAAGCAUCAAAGCGAGAGGCUGCACAUGAAUAUGUUCUCCGGAUCAAAACCUUGAUCUAAUCGUUGGCAGCCACUAUGUCCAAUCCACUUGUUGAAUACAACAUCUACGUAAGCUCAUCUAA